CUCUGCCUCCGGAGCCUUCCCGCGCGCGGCUUCCUGCCCACUUUCCCCGGGAGAAACAUGGCCGGGAGCAGUGAGAAGGCGCCAGACUCCGGGCGAGGCGUCGUGAUUAUGGAUAAUUGGCCAGGAUAUGACUUGAAUUUGUUCACAUACCCACAACACUACUAUGGAGAUUUGGAAUCUGUGCUCAUACCUCAUGGCAUCAUAGUGGACAGAAUUGAGCGGCUGGCUAAGGAUAUCAUGAAAGACAUAGGCUAUUGUGACAUUAUGGUCCUGUGUGUGCUAAAAGGAGGUUACAAAUUCUGUGCCGAUCUUGUAGAACAUCUUAAGAACAUCAGCAGGAAUUCAGACCGAUUUGUCUCUAUGAAGGUCGAUUUCAUCAGACUGAAAAGUUACAAGAAUGAUCAAUCUAUGGGUGAGAUGCAGAUAAUUGGAGGCGAGGAUCUCUCAACGCUGACUGGAAAGAAUGUUCUUAUUGUUGAGGACGUUGUUGGAACUGGGAGGACCAUGACGGCCCUGCUCGGCAGUAUAGAGAAAUACAAGCCCAACAUGGUGAAGGUGGCCAGUUUGUUGGUGAAGAGAACCACCAGGAGUGACGGCUUUAGACCUGACUAUGCUGGAUUUGAGAUUCCAGAUGUAUUUGUGGUGGGAUAUGCCUUAGACUACAAUGAAUACUUCAGAGAUCUGAACCACAUAUGCAUCAUCAAUGAGCAUGGCAAAGAGAAGUAUCGAGUCUGAAGAAGCAGGUUCCUGCUGUCAAAAUUCCGCUAGGCAUUCUUGCGGCUAUACUCAGAAAGCCACCAUGGAAAGUCUGUCUCCAGGCACCUUCACUUAGCAGGAUAGAAAAGGGGAAAAAAAUUUUUUUAAGAGAGAACUUUCUUUCCUGAGAAAACAUAUAUGAAACGUACCUAAGGCUCUUAAGGAAAAGCAGUGCUUAGCAUUGACCUAUUCCAAGUGAAAUGCUCCGCGAAGUGACUCACAGCUCUCUGCACCUUCACACACUAGAGUCACGAUUACUGUUCCCAGGAAUACCCCCACCUAGUUACUCAAAUAUUUUCCACAUAGCAUUUUUAAUACUCUGUUUUUUAUAACAUUUUACAGUAUUAAGAGCCUGCAAACCAUUUUAGCUUUAGCCCUGAGCCCAUAUGCUAGGACUGCAACUAGGUUCCCACACGGAAAGAGGAAGGACAGCUUAAUAUGAAUUCCUGUUUGCACGUUUCUGACAGGACGUUAUUAUCUGCUUUGACAAAGCCUUCAGAAACACUGGGUAUGAUGAAUUUUAAUGAUGUUAUGAAAUGAGUCGUCGCCGGGUGCUCUUGAUCUGUACUUCCGGUGUGUGAUGACAGCGUGUCAUGCAUGCAUGGAUGUAUUCAACUGUGUUUAAUACUCUGAAUUUUAAUUAGGAGAAAAAAAGACCACAAUGGCAGAAAGGUUCCAAUUUCUCAAGCUGAAUCCCCUUUUAUUCAGGUGUGACAUGAGAAAAUGGUGGAACUGAGAGGGGGUGUUUUCAAGAUAAAAACUAAGUGAGUGCAGAUUUUCCCUCUUACUUGUAUCAAGAACAAAACUCCGGUGACUGCUGUUCUAAGCAUGAACACAAGCAGAAUCAUGUCACUGAGGGUCCUUACAAGACAUCACACAAACUGAGUGGCCACAGGAAGCAAGCCCACAUACAGAAGUUUCUCUCAAUAACACUUUUAAGAUUGUCACCACUGUAUGAGAGUUCCAGAUUUCUAGGACAUUUUAAUUGAAAAUAAACUUGAGAGUCAA